AAAACACAGUCCACAGUCUCAUUAUAACUCGUUCAAAAAAAAAACUAAAAACUAAAAACUAAAGAAUGGCCCAUUUUUCUGUAGCCUCACUCACCCAAGUUGUUCUGCUGUUGGUUUUCAUCUGCUGGACGCCGAGUUUGACUGGCGCUGCAUUUUCCUUGGAGGACGAAUUCCUACAACUGAAGGAAAAUUAUAUUCAAAUGAAACAACUCUUUGAAUCGACAGCGAUUGAACAGCAGGGAAAAGUGACACUACUGGAGGCCAAAGUGACACAACUGGAGUCGCAAGGCGAACUAAAUAAUGAACUAAGACAAGAUUUGGCAUUGAAAGUAAUUCAACUAGAGGCAAAAAAUGUCCAAAUGGAAGUAAAAAUUCAGGACCAAGAAAGAAUUUUAACUUCCGUAUUGAAAGCGGCUGAGCUUCCAUUUUCCACUGAUUCAAAAUUAUUUCCAGUUAAAAAAGAAAUUUCAAUUCGAUCAACUGAAAAGAGUGGAAUCCCAAGGACAUGCAGACAACUUCAAGCGACUGAUCCUUCACUUCCAUCCGGAAUGAAUUGGAUCGAUCCGGACGGACAAGGUGUCGGCGAUGACCCAAUUUACGUUUACUGCGAUAUGACAUCAGGAUCGACCUCAAUUGUACACGAUAGUGAAUCUUCUUUAAAUGUGGGACACUGCGCUGAUGCCGGGUGCUUUUCCCGUUCCAUCAACUACAAUUCGUCAAUCGGACAAAUCAAAGCUUUAAUUGAAUUAUCUACUGAAUGCCACCAGUCGAUUAGAUACGACUGCAACUUUGCCCCAUUCGAGUUAAAUGGCGUCGCCUAUUCCUGGUGGAACGACAGAGAAGGAAAUGCGCAAUACUUUUGGGCCGGAAGUAACACGGACGGAGUUCACACCUGCCAGUGCGGAAUCGAUGCAAAUUGCGUCGAUCCUGCGACGAAAUGCAAUUGCGAUUCUCUUGCACCACUUCAAUUAGUCGACGACGGUGUCAUUACCGACAAAAAUGUUCUGCCCGUCACUCGAUUGAAUUUCGGACGAACUCAACUGGAAACUUCAUCCGGCGUCCACACCCUUGGCCGACUCGUGUGCACCGGAUUAGUGACUUUGACUGGACUGCCAAAGUCGUGCCAAGAUUUGUGGUUAAUUGGCCACACCCUGAACGGAUUUUAUUCCGUCAUGGGAUCGGUGAAAAUGGAAUCCGUUUACUGCGAUUUCACUAAACUUCCUGACGAUGCGGGUUUCCAGAAAUGGAUCGGAUACGCCGACGUCAAAUCGGCGCCCGUCCAUUUCGACGUCCAGAGAAACGAUUCAUUUAACACAACUGGAACUCCGAUUCCGUUUAAGUUGGCGGUGGUAAACGAGGGAAAUGCCAUGAAUUUGACAUCUGGAAUAUUCACGGCACCGCGACCGGGAAUUUAUUUUUUCUCUUUCACGGGACUGGCGUACAUUAAAGAUUCAUAUUCUGUUGAGUUUCUUUCUUAUCUUUAUUUGAACAAUAAUGUAAUCGGGAGGAGUUAUAUUCAAGAGAAUGAAAACCCCCUUGAUCAAGUUAGUCCGUUGACCCUCCAGUCGACGCUGAACUUGAAAAAAGGCGAUCGAGUCUGGGUGGAGAUUUCUUUUUCUGGUUCAUCCUCGUAUUUGUUUGACGACAGUCACCGCCACACCCGUUUCACGGGUUUCAUGUUGGAAGAGGAAAUUGUGGCGUCAUUUUGAGGUUUCGGGUUCAACAUCCAAAAUGCUGGGAAAUGUAAGGGGGAGGCCGGGAAGGGAAAAUAAUUCGUUCGAUUUUUAUUCAUUAAGGGCGUGGAGCAUUUACUCCAUUUAGUUACGAUAUUUUGCCAUACGAAUUGUCUAUACGAAAAUUUGUCAAUGCAUGCAACUAGACUUCUUGAUUACACGAAAAACUUUGAAAUUUCUACCUGUAACAAUGUGGACGCGACAAAUAAAACCCCGUUUUUAA